AUGACACUAUUCAAUGCUUUCGAUCGGCAACAUAAUCUACCUGAAGGGGUGAUUGACCAUGCUACGCCGCCGCCAUUAGAAGACUACACAUAUAAUAACUAUGAUCAUGAGGCCUAUGCACCAUAUAUGUACAACAUACCACAAUAUCCUCCAUUCAACUAUCAUGCAGAUAUUAACUAUCAGCAAAUGUAUCCUGAACCAAAAAAGGCCAGUAAACAAACGAGCAGGAACAAUCAGCAGAUUCAACAGAAAUCCAUUCCUCUUCCACCAGUUUAUCCAAUAGAAGAACGUUAUAAUCCUAGUUAUAAUAAUUAUGACUAUAUACCAUCUCAAUAUACGGGCGCACAUCUUGGACCAUUCAUUUUACAAAACUCCCAAAAUGGUUACAAAUUACCCUAUUUACCGUCAAAUAAUCACUAUCAUUCUCAGUAUUUUCAACACUCUUCAUAUCCGCCACAUUAUAACAAUAAAGGUGAUUACGAACAACAACGCUAUUAUCAACAGAUGAGAGAUAAUAUAACACGUUCUCAAUCAUUGAGUAUUGCACGAGAACAUGAUUCAUUAUCAGUGAGAAGUCAAAGAGAAGCAAGACCGGGAAUUAUUUAUAGUUAUCUUAAUCUAGAACAUCCCAAGACGAGACGUAGAAAAUGGUAUAGUCGGUAG